AAUCUUAGUAUGUAUAAUAUUAGGAAAGAUAAAUAUUUAAAUUGAACUUAACUAUAAUUUUACACAAACAAAAGCGAGUUAGGGGGCGCGAGAACUUGCAGAAGUUAAAUUCGUCCGCUAGAUGGCGUGCGCCGCACACUGUCUGUCAAUCGAGUAAGGUGAAGAUGCAACAAGGCGAGCAGCUGAGCAUCGCUAAUGACUUGAGGAUGCUUGUGUUCGCAACUGUGGUUGACCGUGUCAUGUGUGUUUUUUCGGCAGGUAGUGCAGGUUAAUGAGACUCCAAUGAAGCUUAAAGAUGUAUAGUUUGUUAAAGUAGCUACUAUGAUCUACAUUUUUUUCAUUAAAAUAGGUGUCUACAAAUCGUAUCUGGAAAUUCGAAAAUACGCAUAGGAUGAUUAUUUUCUUCAAAGGACCAUAAUGAGGAAAGUAACGUUAAAUGUCAGUCAGAAAAUAUAGAUUUGUUUAUUGGCACGAUACUUUAGAUAUAUAAAACAUUUGGUUGUUUCCACACAAACAUUUAAAAACAAUGUUUGUUUGCCUACACUGGCCUUACGCUUAUACGUUUGCAACGUGACUGUUAAUUAUAUAUCUAAACCUGUACAAUACAAACGAUACAACAUUGAUUAACAUGGGCUCGACGCGCCGUCACGCGCAAAAGGUGCCAGAAAUUAAGAGAACACACUUGCUGAUGAGGGGAGCACGGUAGUAAGGAUCGCGGAUGGGCAGAUGAAAACAAGUGGCAAAACCACUCUCUGUCAGAAAUGGCCAAAAACACAUCCCUAUAUUUCCGUAUUGUAGAGGGCAGGAGCCUACCAGCCAAAGACGUCUCUGGGACCAGUGACCCAUAUUGCAUUGUAAAAGUGGACAAUGAAGUUGUGGCCAGGACAGCCACAGUGUGGAAGAAUCUUAACCCUUUCUGGGGAGAAGAAUACACGCUGCACCUCCCAAUGGGGUUCCACUCUCUCUCCUUCUAUGUCAUGGAUGAGGACACCAUUGGCCAUGAUGACGUCAUUGGAAAGAUAUUGCUGAGCAAAGACGCCAUCGGGUCCCAGGCUAAAGGGUUGGAUAACUGGCUGAAUCUAACCCGGGUGGACCCAGAUGAGGAGGUGCAGGGGGAGAUCCACCUAGGUCUGGAGCUUCUUAGAGAUGCCAAGAGGAUAGGACUGCGCUGCCAUUUCAUAGAGGCCAGAGACCUGGCGCCAAGAGACAUCUCUGGAACCUCUGAUCCCUUUGCCAGAAUCCUCUUCAAUAACCACAGUGCAGAAACUUCGAUCAUUAAGAAGACUCGUUAUCCACACUGGAGUGAGACCCUGGAGCUGGAGCUGGAGACCUGGGAGCUGACUGAGGGAGGGAGUGUCACAGUGGAAGUCUGGGACUGGGACAUGGUGGGCAAGAAUGACUUCCUGGGAAAGGUGGAAAUCCCUUUUGCUUGCCUGCACAAGACACCUCUGUUGCAGGGUUGGUUUCGUCUGCUGCCCCUGGGAAACCAUGAGGAUGAUGCUGGAGGUAAGCUGGGUGCGCUGCGUCUUAAGGUGCGUCUGGUGGAGGACCGUAUCCUGCCCUCCAUGUACUACCAGCCUCUCAUUGACCUGCUGGUGGAGUCUGUCAUCUCUCCUGCUGAGGUGGAGGACAGCAGCCCUCUGACCAUGCUGGAGGAGGUGACCACGGUUGAGAGCCGGCAGGACGUGGCCAUGACCCUGGUCAAGAUCUACCUGGGCCAGGGCCUGGUGGUGCCCUUUCUGGACUACCUCAGCACCCGUGAGGUCAACCACACUUCGGAUCCAAACACCUUGUUCCGGUCCAACUCUCUAGCUUCUAAAGCCAUGGAGCAGUUCAUGAAGGCUGUGGGGAUGCUGUACCUUCAUGAGGUCCUGAAGCCCAUCAUUAACCGCAUCUUUGAGGAGAAGAAGUACAUUGAGCUGGACCCGUGUAAAAUUGACCUGAACAGAACCAGGCGUAUCUCAUUUAAAGGUGCGGCGUCUGAGGCUGAGGUGAGGGAGAGCAGUGUGGAGAUGCUGCAGGGCUAUCUGUCCAGCAUCGUAGAGUCCAUCGUUGGGUCAGUUGCACAGUGCCCUCCCGUCAUGAGGGUGGCCUUUAAACAGCUGCACAAGAGGGUGGAGGAGCAGUUCCCUGAGCCAGAGAAUGAGGAUGUGAAGUAUCUGGCCAUCAGUGGAUUCUUCUUUCUGCGUUUCUUUGCCCCUGCUAUCCUCACACCCAAGCUAUUCCACUUGAGGGACCAGCAUGCAGAUACACGCACCAGCAGGACACUGUUACUGCUGGCCAAGGCAGUGCAGAGUGUGGGGAAUCUGGGCUUGCAGCUGGGCCACGGCAAGGAGCUGUGGAUGGAGCCCCUGCAUCCCAUCAUCCUUUGCAGCGUGGCCUCUGUUAAAGACUUCCUGGACAAGCUCAUCGACAUAGACCAAGAUAGUGUGUCUGAGGUGCCCCAGAGGGCUGUGUUCUUGCCCUCAGUGACAGUGAAGGAGGGUUAUCUCCAGAAGCACAAGGCCGAGGGCCCCCAGCUCCUGUCCCGCUUUGCCUUCAAGAAGCGAUACUUCUGGCUGAGCAGUGAGACCCUGUCGUACGCCAAGACUCUGGACCCCUGGCAGGUGCGUUCCUCCAUCCCCAUCCAGUGUGUGUGUGUCGUUGAGAGAGUGGAUGAGAAUGCCUUCCAACAGCAGCAUGUGAUGCAGGUCGUCACCCAGGACAACGAUGGACAGAUCCACACCAUCUAUAUCCAGUGCAAGAAUGUGAAUGAGUUGAACCAGUGGCUGUCAGCCAUCAGGAAGGCCAGUAUCUACAACGAGCGCAUGCUGCCCUCCUUCCACCCGGGGGCGUACCGCAGUGGGAAGUGGACAUGCUGCCUACAGGCCAACCGCGCUACUUUAGGAUGCAGUCGCACUCACUCUGCAGUGACUCUGGGUGACUGGAGUGACCCACUGGAUCCAGACGCAGAGACUCAGACCAUCUACAAACAGCUUCUUCAGGGAAGAGACAAACUCAGGAAGCAGUAUUUGGAGGCUGAGACGACCCCAGAGGAAGAGAAGAGACUGAACUCUGGGCUGCUGUCUGAUGGAGCAGACAGUAGCGGGCAGCUCCUGAAGCACAGGCAGGCUGCAGUGGCUCGGCUGCUGGGGGUGGUUCUGGAUCUGGAGCAGGCCCAUGCCACCUUCCAGCAGAGGGAAAGAGAGGAGGGAGGCAGCCUCAUCCUGACCCCCUAGACGAGGCCUUCCCAGCAGCAUGAGCCCGGGCCUGAGGGGGAGAGCAGCUUCCUGCAUCAGGCACAACUGUGUAGGAAAGUGAUCGCAGAAGGCAGCGUCUCCCUUCUCCCUGUCAUAUUGUCUGUUACAUGUGAUAUCAAGAGGAACUUUCUUCUCAUCCAGAUCACUUCUUCAAAAGACAGAAUGUAGAGGAUGCCAAGCCCACUCUGCUACGUUCUUUUCCAUGGACGUUUGACAUCAUACACAGGUUUUCAGCAAUCUAGUGACAUAACUGAUUGCUACAUGCCUUGCAUGCAGAUUGACUGCCACAUAUUAACUUCUGCUACUCUCACAAAGCUUGGGCUCUUGUCGAUUGAGCAGGACACAAACUGUUAUGUGGAUCAGAGCUGAAGGAGGGGUUGGACAUAGUGUGUCAUUCGGUGGUACUGCGUUAUUGCAUGGCUAUAAUGUAAUGCAUGCCCUGCAUCCAGCGUUUGUGAAAUGUGAAGAAAAUGAUUUUAUAUUCAAUAUUAUCAUACCUUGAAGGAGGACGAUUAUGCAAUCUACUCUAGUUUUAGCUGAAUUUACCUGAAUGUAUGCUAUUUUGAUAUUGCUUUUAUUUAUGUUUUUUACUCUCUAAUUGUAUAUAUUUCAGUUGAGAACCGCCACAAUGUAGCAGUGAGAUUUGGUGUUCAUAUCACUGAGGACAUUGCGCUGUGAGAUGCCUAAGCAAAUGUUAUUAAUACAACGGCACACGCGCCAUAAUUGCCUGAACAGUCACGUGUUUGCUAUUAGGAUAUUGUUUUCACUGUUGCCAUGGACACCUGAGAUGAAUAUUUAGUGAAGCUUGUGUUUGGUACUGUUGCUCUGUGCAUGUAUGUGGAGUAACUCAAACACAAAGCUGUGGCUUUGAUAUAAUACAUAUUUGACAUAUACAGUAUAGGGUUCACAGUUGAUUAGUUAAUUGGUUAACGUGUCUUUGUAGCUGUACUACUGACAAUCUUAUCCAGUCCAUCCAGUGGUGUGUGUUUGCGCUUCUUCUCAGGUGUUUGUAUUUUAAGACAGCUGAUUUUGAGUGAAGUGUCAUACAGUAACUGUAGUGGUCGAAAGUAAAA